AUGCAACAAUCACGCUCUUCGGCGCCGCCGCCAGAGUACACGCGACAGGACCCAGCGCUGUCGACAGCAACGCCAUCGACACCGUCAAUGCUGUUAGGGUCUUCUCGGGUACCUUCGUCUCAGGCCAACCCACGCAGCAAUGCCCAGUCACAAGCACAGACUGAAUCCCAAUCGCAACCACCAACAGUGACUGAGCACUACGCUCCCAACCCCACAAACAAGAACUCAGACUACGCUCGUCCGCCUUCACCCACCCCAAGCACUCAAACGACCGCUUCAACAAUCCUUCCUAGCUAUGCCGACACAGGAAGCUACAAGGGAUUCCCUAGCGAAGCAGCAUACAUUGCCGCCCUGACCGAAUGGGCAGAGCACAAGAAGUACGUUCAACCCAGUGAGGAGGCCCAAACAUUGACCGGAUUCUUUGGUUACAAGACCAUGGAAGACUAUACUGGCCCAAGGUCUCCGCAAGAUGAAGCAAGAAUGUCCAGAAGGAAGUCGAGCCAAGGUCAAGGCCAGAGAGGAGGCUUUGUCGGUUUCUUCAAGAAUCUGGCCAAGAAGGACGAGGGAGGUGGGCAUGGUGAUUGA